UCGACUGACAAUCGGACGCUAAUAGCGAUAAAAUCAAUAAAUUAGUUCGAUUACAUCGUCGAGAAAUCAGUAGUGUCUUACCAGCAGUCAUUCCAUCAUGACCAAUUUCGCAAAGUGUUUGGCGGUCAUUCUUUUGCUGCAAACGUGCUCCUCGAAUCACACAGAAACUCUCUCACAACAGCGUGAAAAGCGAUGGUUGACAUUCAUUCCAAACGGCGGAACUUCCAAAAUUAUUCUCGGUUGUGCCUGGCCGGUCCAUUUCCAUCACAAAUUGGCUCGUAGACUCAACAUGGGAAUGAACCUUCAAGCCAACUAUAGAUUACCAUCGACCAUCGUCUGGCCCGUGCCGACCAGCAUCUUCCAGAACCGACUGAACAACGACUAUGUAGACAACAGUCGCAUCCAGUUGUACCAGCUUCUUGAAAGGAUGUUCGACUCUUACGGUACCAAUGGACAUGAGUGUGUGCUGAGAACAAUAUGCGAGGUAGCCGAGACCCCUCUCCACGAUAGUGGCGUUUUUGGUGAACUGAUGGAUGUGAUUUUCACACCAUACAAAUCGGAACAAUUGAACCAAAGCUACUACGAUGCACGGUUAUAUGGCCUAAACGGAACGGAUUGUGUCGAGCUCUAUAAGCGGUGCCCAUUAGGGUCUGGAUUGCUGGAGAAAAUGUCCAUCUUAUAUUCGUCCUUCAGUUGAAAUAAAAAGAACCGAUAUAAGUGGAUUACGUGUUGAUGGGAAAUAUGCACUUCAUGAGUAGGGGUAGACCCCCAGCGCCGGACACCUCCCAAUACCGGACACUUCUCAAAAAGACACUUGCAGAGGU